AUGGACAUGGUUUUCUUGCUAGAUGAGGAAACACGGUCUGCUUUCAUCCGAUCGGUGGUUCGCAUCCUUCACUGCAGAUAUAUUUGUUUAUGGUCGUAUCAACCAUCUCUACCAGGAUGUUUGCGUUUCACGGAUGGAUACUAUGAAGACGAAUCCGCCGCAGAAGCAAGCUCGUCAGGCGGAAGUUUUGGUCGGAGACUGUUCGACGCAUACAGCGGUACUGUUUGUGCUAUCGAUGGCGGGGUUCCUGGAUUAGCGUUCAAGGAAGGAAGGCCCCACCUAAUGCUGGCAGCAGAGAGUCUCCAAUUCUUGGCAACAACAGAAGCUCAAAGGCAAUUCUAUCAAGGAGCUCGAAUUAAGUAUGCAGCUUUCUUGGCCUGCACAAGUGGGGAGAUCGAGCUGGGCACCUCAGCUAACCAGUAUAGUUCUGUUGUUGAGUCCAGAAGCCAGGAGAAAUUAAGUUCUUCGAUAUUGGCAUACACCAAGAUGCUUUUUUCUUCUGAUCUUAACAUGAAGAAAAUCAUAUGGGGCAUUGAGCAGGUGAAUUUGGAGAUGGAUGACAUACGAAAUCUCUUCACAGAAGACAUGGUAAAGCAAUUCGGUUUGGCAGGCCUUCAUCAGAUUCAAGAAAGGAGCAUAUCAUCUUCCUCGUCGUCUUUUCGUUCAGUCUCGCUCGGAAGCCCUGAGUACUCAUCCGGCCUGCUGCCGAUGAUAUCAUCCUUUCAUAUCCCACUCAUCCGAAAUCCGACCGCAAUUCAACCCCGUCCAAGCGCUUAUAUGGUUGAUGCCGCAAUGACUAAAGCAAUGCUUGCAGUCCUCUCAUCAACAGCACCUUCUUCUUCUUCAUCAUCUUCUUCUUCACCAUCGUCCCUUUUAUCACAGUUGAGCACUCAAGGGACGGCAUUCCAGAGAUAUUCAUCAGAAAGCUCCAGAUCGAUCCUUUUUCAUCGGACUAGUUUGCAAAGCCAAUACCUUCUGAAACUCUCAGUUGCCAUUCUGAGAGCAAUCAACAACCAAAGAAAAAUUCAAUCUGUAAUGACAGAAAACCAACCAACAGCUAGUCAAUUGAGCCAUGUAAUUUCAGAGAGGAGGAGAAGGGAGAAACUCAAUGAAAGUUUUCAAGCUCUUCGAGCUCUUCUGCCUCCUGGAUCAAAGAAGGACAAGGCCUCCAUACUAGCCGGCGCUAGAGAGACGCUGGCAGCGCUCAAAUCAGAAGUAUCAGAGCUCGAACGCAGGAACCAAGUUCUCCAAUCGCAAAGUACAUCUCGUCCCACGACCGAAGCAAGAAGAGGAGAGCAAGAAUCGACCUCCGGCGAUGAGGGAAGAGAUGUAACCGUAACCGAGAUCUGGGCGUCGCCGGAGGAAAGGGAAAUCGAGCUGAGAAUCCGGAAGGGAGGACAGUUCGAACUCAUGGACUUAGUCCUGAGACUGCUGGGAUGCAUCAGAAGCAUGGACAAUGUGGAUCAGUUGAUGGCAGUAUCAGCGGAGCUUCAGCAGGAGCAGCAACAGAGAACUGUUGUCCUCAGACUCAAAAUCAAGGGCAAGGAAUGGUCCAGGUCCAUGUUCGAAGAGACGGUGGCACGAGAAUUUGGUGAUUGA